UGGAAGAGAAUCAGUCGUGUGUAAUCUUCUAUGCGCAUGCGCAGUAUUUACACUAUUCCGGUUCGGGGAAGACCAAAUCAAAAGGAAAAGAAGACAAAUAUUAUAUUCUGUCAUAUAAAAUACACACAUUAUCAAUGGCACUGAAGAGAAUAAAUAAAGAACUGCAGGACCUUGGCAGAGAUCCACCAGCUCAAUGUUCAGCAGGUCCAGUUGGUGAUGAUUUAUUUCACUGGCAAGCAACCAUCAUGGGCCCACCUGAAAGUCCCUACCAGGGUGGAGUGUUCUUCCUGACUAUACAUUUCCCUACUGACUACCCAUUUAAACCACCAAAGGUUGCCUUUACCACUAGAAUAUAUCACCCAAAUAUAAACAGCAAUGGUAGUAUUUGUUUAGACAUCUUGAGGUCACAGUGGUCCCCAGCCCUGACAAUAUCAAAAGUGUUGCUGUCAAUCUGCUCACUUCUCACGGACCCGAACCCAGAUGACCCACUGGUGCCAGACAUAGCACGUAUCUUCAAAACAGAUCGAACAAAAUACAACAACACGGCGAAAGAGUGGACAAAGAAAUAUGCGCAAUAGACGGCAUAUUAAUUUGCACUAAAAAGUGUCUAUAAUGUGAUACUGUGGCCAAUGUUUGGGGGUUAAUUACAUUUGAAGUACAUUGCAACAUCACAUUAUGUUUCAUGUGAUUGCGUAAUUGUAGACAACAUGAUCGUUGAUUAAUUAGGUAAGGUGCAAUCGCUUUUUAGUAAGUGCUGAUCUUGUUUUGUAUUGAAUUUUAAACUUUCAUUUCUGUUAAUGAACAUGGUGUAUUAUUUAAAAAAAAUAUAUACAUGUAUUGAUUAAAAAAAUACACAUCUCAUUAAAAUAUUUCUUAAGUUUUAUACAAGAGUCAAUUGCCUGCUGAUUUUUUUUUAAAUUGAAGUAAACAGGAAAUGAAAUGCUUUUGUUUUGAUGUGUAUGUAGGAAUAAUAAGAUUGUGAAGAGAAUUUCAGUAAAUUUACAGGGAUACAUGAACAAAAACUGUAUGCUUGUUGAUUCUUAUUUAGUUGAGAUUAUUAUUCUCAUUGAAUAACUUUGUAUUUCAUUAUUGGGCAGUUGAGACUAUGUACAUUCAUGCACCGAUAUGCAAGUCUGACAUGAACGUUAUUUGACUGAUUUAUGUGUACUGCAAUUCUUUUUCAAAUGUUUAUGUAAAUGUAGUUCUUUUUAAUUGUAUGUUUUGUAUUGAAUCAGUAUGUACAACUAUUUUUAAGUUAACUUUUUAAGAAUAAUUAGAAUCUUUCCCAGCUAUUCUAUUUGAUAAGAAUCACAAUGUUCUUAAGGCUCAAACAUUUCUUAAGUGUAAGAAUGGUGAAACAAGUUUUUAUUUGUUUUUGUAGAGAAAUUAAAUGCUUUUGCCAGCCAAAUGCCAUGGUUUUGCUUAAAGAAAUAGCGGCCCUAAUAAUCAUUAUAAUAAUUGAUCGUCGUGACAGUUUGUCCCCAUGUUACUUAAUUUAUUGCUCAAUAUCAUAAAGGGGCCGUUAAUCCGAUAAUAACUCCCAUAAGACUUGACAAUAGCAGUAAAAACACUGUUUGUAACACUUACACGCUUCAAUGAUUUCAAUACUCUGCACUGUAGGUCGCUUACAUUGUCGUAAAUCAAUAUUUACAACUGACAGACGCUGGCUGCUAAUGCUCGGUCGCGUGCUUUCGAUUCAUGGUAUACAUUUUUGGAUAGGAUUAAACCAAUUUUUUUUUAAUUCGCCACUUUAAAAAAAAAAAUUGGAGCCACUUUUAAAAAUUUAGCGCCAUUUGGCGCCGGGGAUCGACAGCGAAACCCCUGAAAGUUCAUUUUGUUCUGUUUCGUUAUUGGCUAAUGUCACUGUUUGCUGUUAUCCCAUGUGAAUGAUGUUUGGACAUAGUUUACGUCGUUAAAGUGCUUCAAUUAGCAUGUGUGCUGGACUUGAAAUAACUGUGGUCUAUGGCUGCUACCACUGACUACUUGCAUUAAUGAACACAUUUCUGUUAAUUUUUGUGUCAUUUUGAAUUGUUUAUACCUGUACACAAAUAUUUUAGUGCUUAAUUAAUAUGUGGACUAAUAACUUACAGAAUGUUCCUAGUGUCGUUUAUUAAAUGCUCAUCCUUCUCA